AUGGCGUACCGAAGCGCAGCUUCUCCCUGGAGAGUGGAGCAUGCGCUGGCAGGGGUGCCGAGCCAAGAAACGCGCGCGAAGCCGAGCUCGCUUCGACUCGGAGUUCGAGGAGCUCGGCUCGAGAGGCGUCGCUGGGCGAGCUCCGCGGCCUCCGGCGUGUUCUCCUCCUUCUGCGCCGUCUACUCCUGGCGCCGGCGGUGCCUUCGACAGCGGGGGCGAUGUCGAGCCAAGGAGGACGAGGAGAGCGAGUCCCGAAUCGAAUUGGACGACGAGUUGCUGCUGCGCUCUUUGCAGAAGCGCAUCCAGGAGGUGGGCGUCCAGGAGAAGGCGCGUCGCGCCGUGGUGGACCGACACUGGCGAGAGGGCAAGGCCCAAGUGCGGCCUGCUGCGCUGGUGAACGAUUGGGUGCGCCGGGUUCUGCUGGUGGGGGAGGACCUCUUCGUAGGCACUGCUUCUUCGGGUGUGCGGCGGUACCACCUGGGCGAGGAGGAGCCUCUCAGCAGCUUCCUGGUGCAGGGGGAUCCCAGCCACAGCGUGGCAGCAGACCACCUGGCGGAAGUGGACCCUGAGACUUCGGUGACGUCCCUGGCCUGGGACGGUCUGCGGGGUUUGCUCUGCGCGGGCCUGGCUGGGGGCCGGCUGCAGGUCUGGGCCGAGGGAGAGCCUGAGCCGCUCCUGGACUUCCUGGCCCCUUGGAAGCUCUCGUGA